AACGGGGCUCUAGAGGCUGUGGGCCCACAGCCUAACUAGCCCCAUAAAACACCCACGAAGAAGAAGAAGGCCUUGGGGAAAGGCCGCUAUUGUCCCGUAAAUUUCCCGUCAAGGAAGUCCUAGCGGAUGGGCAGCGACUCUCUCAGCCCCAGCAUUGCCCUCCAAGCCCUCAAAUGCACGAAAACCUUCCUGCAGAAGGCGGUCCAGCAGGGACACGUCUUCACGGCAGCAAGAGCCGCAAGCAACCUUUGCUUUAAAGGCCAAGGUCCCAUGGCCUGACCAGCCCCCGAAACACAGAAGUUCUGUUGGAGGAUGGAGGACCCCUUGGAUCCGUUGGGGAUGACUGACAUGCCGGACCUAAGCAAGCUGAAGGUGGCAGAGCUUCGAGCUGAGCUGCGGGCACGCGGGCUGGACGAUAAAGGCAACAGGCCGAUGCUGGUGGAGCGGCUGCGGGCUGCCCUGGAGGAGUCAGCAGCUAAUGAAGAUGAAUCACCUGGUGGAGAGGAGGAGGCAGAGGAAGUUCCUCAGGAAGAACAAGCUGAUGAUCCAGCUGCAGGUGCCACGGAGAUGUCUGAAGACAAGGCACUAGAGUCACCACAGAAAAAGUCUGAGUCUCCUCCCAAGAGAAUGGAGCCUGUUCAAAAAGAGCCUGAGCAGAAGCAAUCUGAAGAGGAGCCUGAGCCCACACCAGCGGUCAAGUCAGAGCCAGAGGACUCAGCAAAGCUUGGCUAUGAAGAUGCCCCAAUGGAAGAAUUGGGUGAUAAGAGUGAGACUGGCAAUGGAAUGGACCUGAACAUCAAAGAGGAAGAUGCAGAGGUUAAAGAAGAACCUGUGGAGGUAAAGGAGGAGGUCCCUGAGACUGAGGAGUCUGGAAUGGCUGCCAGACGGGGUGAGAAGAGGGCCCUCUCUCGUUCACGUUCUCCUGAAGCUGCCCCAGAGGCCAAAAAACAACGGCCUGAGGUUGAGGAAGUGAGAGUGGAAGAUGAACCUGACUUUGACAAAACAGUGGUUGCCUUAGAUUGGUACAACUCUGACCUGAGCUUGGUUAUUAGCAAGGAGGAUUUCCUAAGUGCUCAGCCUCUGACAAUGCAGGGGUUUGGCUAUGUGUGGCAUGGUGUGCGAGCUACGUAUGGAUUCACCCGUGGACGUGUCUUCUUUGAGGUGAAGGUAGAGGAUUACUUGCCAGUACCUCAGUUGGAGGAGGAGGAACAGCAUCCCCAUGUUCUAAGAGUGGGUUGGUCUGUUGAUGAUGCAGGACUCACACUUGGGGAGGAUCCUUUCAGUUAUGGCUAUGGAGGUACUGCUAAGGCUUCUACUGACUUGAAAUUCAAGAGCUAUGGCAAGACAUUUGGAAAAGGAGACAUUUUAGGCUGCUUCCUUGACCUAGAAUCAGAACCAAUUGUGAUGAGCUUCACUGUCAAUGGACAGAAUCAAGGAAUUGCCUACGAGAUAUCUCACUCUGAUCUUGGGGACCAAGCUCUUUUCCCUCAUAUUUUAACAAAGAACACCAGCUUCAAAGCAAAUUUUGGGUCUGAGCCAACAUGGAUGGAACCCCUGACAGGUUACACCUUCACUGGAGAAAUUCCUCUGGAGGAUCGGGUUCUUGGGUCUCAGGGACCAGAGAAACGAGAUGAUGCUGAAGUGAUCAUGAUGGUGGGUUUGCCCGGUGCAGGCAAAACCACUUGGGUAGAAAAGUACUGCCGUGAGAAUGUAAACAAGAAGUACAACGUAUUAGGUACUAACGCCCUCAUUGAUAGGAUGAAGGUCAAUGGAUUGCCUCGUCGCCGAAACUACUCAGGCCGUUGGGAAGCCUUGAUUGAACGCUGCACCAAAUGUCUCAAUAAGUUGCUAGAACUGGCCUACAAGCGCAGGCGCAACUUCAUUGUGGAUCAGACGAAUGUUUACCCAUCGGCUCAGAGGCGUAAAAUGAAGGGUUUUGCCGGCUUCAAACGUCGUGCUGUUGUUAUUUGUCCCACUGAUGAGGACCUCAAGAAACGAACAGAGAAGCGAGAGAAGGAGGAAGGCAAGGAUGUUCCAGAGAAGGCGGUGCUAGAGAUGAAAGCCAACUUCAAGCUGCCAGAGGAAGGGGAGCUGUUUGAUUCAGUGGAGUUCAUAGAGGUUCAGCGAGAGGAGAGUCAAAAACUAGUGGAACAGUACAACAAGGAGGGGGAGGACGCAGGCUUUGGCCAGAAGAAAGGCUUCCGUGGAGGAUUUGCUGACCGACGUGGGGGCUUCAUGGACCGUCGUGGAGGCUAUGGUAACCGAGGCAAUAGCUUCAGGGGUGGAUGGGAUCGUGAUCGCCGUGGUGGAUACACUGACCGACGUGACAGGGGAGGCUGGAUGCGUGACCGUGACUAUGGCAGAGGAGGCUACAACAGAGACAGUAGCCGUGGUGGCUACAGCAGAGACUACAAUCGUGGGGCCUACAACCGAGAUACCAACCGAGGAGGAUACAAUAGAGACAGGGGCAGCCGUGCCGGCUAUCAGAACAGUUGGAAUCGGCCACAGGGUAACCAAGGGAGUCAAAGUAGUUACAACAACUAUAACUACGGGCAAGGAUGGGGUAACCAGGGAUAUGGCUAUGGUCAGAACUAUAGCAGCAACUGGAAUCAGCAGUAUUACCAACAACAGCAGCAGACUCAACAGCAGCAGCAGCAGCAGACACAGCCAUAUUGGGGAACUGGCUAUGGAUAUGGCAGUCAAGGAUAUGGCUCAGGACAACAGUAUAGUACCUCAUCUACCAGUCCGACCAGUGCAUCUGGUGGUAGUAGUAGUAGUACUUGGGGCCAGCAGAGUGGCUGGGGUGGAUCAAGUCAGACGCAGUGGGGCAGCAACUAUGGCAAGCAGUCAUGGGGUGGAUCUGGUUACAGUACCAGCAGUGGCCAGAGGAGGUAAAUUGAUGUUUGCUUGUGAUCCCUUCUUUAUGAAAAUGUGUGAAGCAAGUGGUCAUUAUUUGUCCACAUAGUGAUCACAAUGGAGGGCCCAUGUACAUUUUUUUUUUUCAUCUUUUCUUUAAUUAAGCUAAUGCACUCUGGCAGCAAUGGCUGCCGAGUAUCUUGUGAAUGUAUCCUAGUUUAUGAAGGAUACAUUCAUUAGGAACAUUGCAGUAACUUUGUUACAACACUAGAUAAAUAUUCCUUAAAAUGUGUAUGAACAUUGUGCAUUGAAUCUUCAACAAGAUUCCUUGCCUGAUGUUGAUACAUAUUCAUAUAUCUUGUAACAAAAAAAACAAAAAAAACACAUUAAUUACUUGUGUGAAUUAUGUGCAUCAAAUUCCUUUAAAAGAAGCACGAAGUUCAUCAAUACUCCCCUGCUUUUGGUCUUAAAGCUGCUAUUCCAACUGACUAGGAAUUUUUAAUACAGGAAUGCCAUAAUUUUUUAAAUUAUAUUUUGACUAGAAUAACAACUAUAUGACUUUGCUCUGAUAUUAUAGUGGAAAUUUCAACCCAUUUGCUGUUACAUGACUAAUCGUAUUUUUUUAUUAUUUUGACGAGCUGUUAGUAAAUGAUAAUGGUUAAUCUAGAAGUGAGAGUCCAAAGUUUUAUAGUCAGUACUUGCAGGUGAGCACUGGUGACAGCUUAGUAAUCAUUGUAGAAUAGGCUUUUUAUGUUUCUGUUCAUUUCAAAUGUGUGUAGGUAUCAGUGAUUGUAUAUUUAUACGUACAGAUUUGUAAGUUAGCAUACAGGUACCAUUAAGAGUUGAUGAUUCUAAGCCAUGGUUUGGACAGUGAUUGCUUUUGAAGAAAAGGAAGCUUUUGUUUACAUAACAAAGAACCAUAUUGAAGAAAGUUAUCUUAAGUUAUUCGGAAGUGGCACACCAAACCCAUGCAUUGUUUUGCAGCUUACCACUACAUUUAUCAGAUACACUAGCAACAUUUUCAGAAUCGAGGGUAGUAUAAUUAUAAUUGAAGCAACAUUAGAUUUUUCCAAUAAAUUUGUGUCAUUGUGUUCUUAAGUAAUCAGUUUCUAAACUGGCUUCCUUAUAUGCGAGUUUUCAAGAUAGAUCUCACAACAGACAACAGACAUGACACAAGAUUUCAAGAUACAGUUGUAGCACAGUUUUUUCAGAAAUCGGCUUCAUGAAGAUUUAGGAUUAUAUUGUAACCUUGGCAUGUGUGUAUCUAGUAACAUGAAGAUCAUAGUGCUUCUGCACCUUAUGUUUAUAGGAUAUGGUUUUAAUGUAAGAAAAUAAACCUCCAUUUAAAUUCAAACAUCAAAAGAAGGCAUAUUAUGUGAUCAAAGUGACAAAUAGAACUGUAAACAAUCUGAAUCUGUCUACAUCUACUUAGAUUAGUAACCUCUUGACCAGCAAGAUGUAUUCUAGAUGGUAUUUAUGUGUACUUGAAAAGCUGGUAGCAUAUGUAUUUUGCUGCUUGGUUGAUGAGCUUGCAACAAAAAAAAAUUCAAAAUCAUUUUAUUUAUCCUCUUAACCAAAUAUUAACUAUGUAAGUGCAAUGCUAACAAUAAAUGGGUUAGAAAUAUGUAAUAAGUAGAAAUUGGCUGAAGGGAUUUAGUGGAGAGAGAAUUAAGAAGUGCAUCUCUGUUGCAGACACAUUCUAAAAGUGCCCUGAAAAUGGACAUUAUUAAAAUGGGCCUGGAUAGUUGACAAGAAUUUUAUCUUUUUAAUUCUUUUUAUUUAUUUAUUUUUACUAUUUUUUUUCUUACUGUCUGAAAGUUUGAGUGCAACAAAACAUGUACAAACUCUUUGAAUUUAGUAACAUACCGUUUGUAAUCAUCACUGUAUGGGUACACAGAAUACUAUUUAUGCAGAUGCUUGAUGAUGAUAUGAUUCAUCGUUAAAAUAUCCUAUGCUUCAUAGAGAAUCAUUAAAGAUAUUGUAGA